AUGCACCGCGACUGCCGAUUUGAAGUAUUAGCAUUUCCUUGCAAUCAGUUUGCCAGUCAGGAGCCAGGAACCAUUGAAGAAAUUAAGGAGACUGCCUGCACAGUGUUCAAAGCUGAGUUUCCUAUAUUUGAUAAGAUUGAAGUGAAUGGCAACAAUGCAGCAACUCUGUACAAGUUCUUGAAAUCAAAGAAAGGUGGGUUCCCAGGGUCUCGCAUCAAGUGGAACUUCACAAAGUUUCUCGUGGACAAAGAUGGGAAUGUCAUUGAUAGAUAUUCACCGACGACAUCACCCUUAAAAAUCGAGAAGGACAUUCAGAAGCUGUUGGCAACUUCAUGAUCGCGUGUAGAUGUGCUGAUCGAACUAUUGUUAAUGCAUGAUUCUAGUUGGAAAUUGCAUUAGGUCAUUUUGCGACUGUUACUAUGUGAAGAAAGUUAUCAUGAUCUAUUGCUUCGUGGAAGCAUAUGUGACAAUUUAGAAAUAGUCUCAAAUACUAAUUGGACCGGUACAUAUGUA